ACCAGAGAAGGAAGCGGAGUUUCCGGCUAUUUGCAGCGGAGGGAGAGGAUUGCUGACAGCGCGAGAAAAAAGCCUCCGGCUCGGGGGCUAGCAAUUGGGCAUCGGUAGUAAUCGUUCUCAUUCAUAUCGGGGGUAGGGCUGGUGUAUUACGAGCCAAGGGUUCGCACAGCAAGUCCAGAGGAAGUUCAGAGUAACGGCAAAAGGCGGGGGUGACCCACCAACUACCGGCAUGGCCAGGGACUACGAUUACCUCUUCAAGCUGCUCAUCAUCGGUGACAGUGGAGUGGGGAAGAGCAGUCUCCUUCUGCGGUUUGCGGACAACACGUUUUCAGGUAGCUAUAUCACGACAAUUGGAGUGGACUUCAAGAUCCGGACAGUGGAGAUCAAUGGGGAGAAGGUGAAGCUGCAGAUCUGGGACACGGCAGGACAGGAGCGCUUCCGGACCAUCACCUCCACAUACUACAGAGGAACGCAUGGGGUCAUUGUGGUAUAUGAUGUCACGAGUGCCGAAUCCUUUGUCAAUGUCAAACGCUGGCUACAUGAAAUCAACCAGAACUGUGACGACGUCUGUCGAAUAUUAGUGGGAAACAAGAACGAUGAUCCCAACUCUAAGGUGGUGGAAACGACCGAUGCUCAGAAGUUUGCUGAACAGAUGGGCAUCAACCUCUUUGAGACGAGUGCCAAAGAGAACAUCAAUGUGGAAGAGAUGUUUAACUGCAUCACAGAGUUAGUUCUAAGAGCCAAGAAGGAGGUGCUGGCUAAACAACAGCAGCAGCAACAGAACGAUGUGGUCAAACUUACCAAGAACAGUAAACGAAAGAAGAAGUGCUGCUAGCGAACUCAACUCCUACUCACAAAAGACCAGCAGCGUCUGCUACCCGAGAACACACACAGGAUGGGACUCCAAGCAUCUAAAUUAAGACCAGAUUUAAUACAAUAAAAAAUAAAGAGGUCCCUUUUGGACAAACAAAUCAU